CGCAAAAAUAAGAAUCUAAUUAAUUUAAAUAAUUAAAGAUUGGCAAAACAUUAACAUUUCUAAGCUAAGUCAGUUGUGUUAUGAUGCUAGGUUUGAUUAAUGGGUGAACUUAACAAUUCAUUGAGGCUCUUGUUGCUCUCUCUCUCUCAAUCGCACAGGAAAAGUGGAGCAGUAGAAGAAAACGAUACACGCGCCAUUUAUUAGAUGUCAGCGUCAUUGAGCGGGAAAUCGCUGCCUGGAGCAAUGGUGAAGACAAGGAAACAGGAUGGAUUUGUCAGAGUGAGGAAAAGAGAUUUAGAGAAGUUAACCACAGAAGUCAUGCAACUGAGGGAGUUCCUGCCCAAAGUACUGAACAAGGACCUGAUUGAAAUGCUGCACAAAGCCCGAGCAGCUCAGACAAUGAAGGACCAUCUUGUGCAGGACCAGGAGCGGUUGCGACAGGGAUGUCUACACCUUCAGUCCUGUCUGGAAACAGUACAAUCUGAAUGCCAGAAAGAGAGGGAGGAGAAGUUGCUGUUGCGUGAGCAGCUAUGGCAGAGCGGAACAGAGCUGCAGCAGCAGGCGGACUUCUGCUCUGGUUUGGGAUCUGCAGCCUGCAGUCUGCUGUGGAGCAGCUCUGCCAGGGAGAAUACAGUCACACACUGGCUGGCUGAUGGGAAGCUGGAGCCUUUCCUGGCAGUAGCUGUUCAGACUCUUGAGAGCUUUGUCAGGUCUCUGGAUGAGGAAGUGAAAACUCAAGCUGAGGACCACAACUCCAAGGAGCACCAGUUUGUGCUGGCUCUGGCUGGAACCAUUACUAACAUAGCAGCAGUAACAUGUGGGCGGGACUUCCUGUCCAGCUCGGCUCAUGACGUAUUGGACACUCUGGUGAAGCUUCUGCAGCUGAUGAAGCCUGGUGUCUUCCCCAAACUGAAAGUGUACGUGGAGCAAUGGUUGAUGCUGAUGGCUCUGUAUAAUAUCAGCAUCAAUGUUAAAGGACUGAAGUACAUUAGUGAGAACCCUGGACUCCUGCCUCUUAUCUGGAAGCUGCUAGAUGAUGGAGACUGGGAAGUGUGCCUCCACUCUCUGCGCCUCCUGCAGUCGAUGUUGUUGGAAGAGGAGGUGCCCAUCCUGCUGGGCUCUUCUCUGCUGAAUCCAGAUCUCAAGUCUCGUGUCAGUCAGCUCACCUCCAUGGUGCAGCCCAGCCUGAGACUGACUGCCCAGCAGACUCUGGAGGAUCUACAGGCCCUCCAACAGGGUAAGGGAUGUAAACAGAACAGCCUCUGAUGUGGAUUCAAUAUCUUCAGUCCAGUUCUCCUCCUGUGUUAAUUUUCCUUCAUGUCACAAUAGAUCUGUGUUUGUGCUGCUGUUAGCACUUUGUGUGCAAAGUGAGAAGAAAAUGUAGAGAUGAAAGUUUUCAAAGUUAAACCUAUAUAACAAAGUAAAUUAACAGCAUUUUGGAGCUAAACCUCCUUAACUUGCGCUGUUCACUGUUUGUUCACGACUGCCCUUAAUUUUGCUAUCUAUUUAAUAUGAAUAUGACAAUACAGGUUUGUACAAGACACAUUAAAGAUGUUUGCACAUUUUCA